CAGAGCUGAAGGAGAGUAUGAUCCAUAUUCUCUCAGUAUUUUGCUAUCUUGGGUUCAUUAUGGACGAUAGACAGGCAUGGCUUUUACGAAAUAUAUCACGAUUUGGGAAUAUGGAUUGUGACAUUAUUUUUUCUGUUGCUGUGGAUUGGAUGUGAUGUAUUUUACUGAAUCAGGGAUAACAAAGACAAUGGGAUACCGAGACUGGAGAUGGCAGGCGCUUUGGUGGCAUCAUUUCUUUCUCUUGUGGACUACAAUAUACGGACAAACUCGUUACAGUAUACCAGAGGAACUGAAACAGGGCUCUGUGGUAGGAAAUCUUGCAAAAGAUCUAGAUUUGAGACUAUCCGACAUUUUUGAGCGUAAACUGCGUGUCGACUCUGAGGCUGGUAAGCAGUAUUUCAGUGUGGAUGCGGGGAAGGGCGAGCUGGUGGUGAAUGACAGAAUAGACAGAGAGGCUUUGUGUGGACAAAGCGCCAGCUGUGUUCUACCUCUGCAGGUUGUUCUCGAAACCCCUUUAAAUUUGCACCGAAUAGAAGUAGAAAUAAAAGAUAUAAAUGACAAUGCCCCUUGUUUCAAUACAAAAGAACUUACCUUAAAAAUUUCUGAAUCGGCAGCUGUUGGAACUCGUUUUCCCCUGGAGAGUGCAGAAGAUGCUGACGUUGGCAGUAAUUCUGUUAAAUCCUACAUGUUAAUUAAAAAUGAAUGUUUUACGUUGAAAAUGAAGGAGGUUGAGGACGGCAAAACAGUCCCAGAGUUAGUGUUAGAGAAGCCUCUCGACCGAGAAAAAAAAGCGGUUCAUCAGCUUUUUUUGACUGCAUUAGACGGAGGAAAUCCAGCCAUGUCUGGUACGUCACAAAUAACAAUCAUUGUUCUUGACGUAAAUGACAAUUUUCCAGUUUUCGAAAAAAGUAUAUACAAAGUUUCGCUAGAGGAGAAUACUCCAAAAGAUACAUCUAUUAUCAGAAUUACCGCCACUGAUGCAGACGAGGGUCCAAACAAAGAUAUUGAGUUCUCUUUUGGAUCACGGACACCAGAUUCUAUUUUAUCAGUUUUUGAAAUUAAUUUAUUAACUGGUGAAUUACAUUUAAAAGGAGAGUUGGAUUAUGAAAGAGAUACUUCCUACAAAAUUGAAAUAACCGCGAAAGACAAUGGCAUUCCUGAAAUGGAGGGUCACUGUCGUUUACAAAUAGAUAUAAUAGAUGUUAAUGAUAACACUCCGGAAAUACUGCUCACAUCAAAACCCAGCCCUGUAAGUGAAGACGCGCCUAGUGGUACAGUGGUGGCUUUUCUCAAAGCACGGGACGCUGACUCUGGUAAUAACAGUAAGGUAACACUGCAAUUACCCAAAGGUUCUCCUUUCGCUCUUAAGCCCUCCUUUUCUAAUAAUUAUGCUCUCGUUACGACUGGUCCUUUAGACAGGGAGAAUUUCCCAGAGUAUAAUAUUGAGAUAACAGCCACUGAUUCAGGCUCUCCUCCUCUGUCCAGUAAGAAAACUAUACCUGUCAGCAUCACUGAUGUGAAUGACAACCCUCCUGUAUUCACUCAGCCCUCCUAUAAUGUGUAUUUAAAAGAGAAUGGAGUACCAGGCUCUAUCCUGUACUCAGUAUCAGCAUCUGACCUGGAUUUUGGUGAAAACGCCAAAAUCUCUUAUUCUAUACUGGACUCUAAAGUGCAGGACGUUUCUGUGUCCUCUUAUGUUUACAUUAACUCAGAUAACGGCAGCAUCUACAGCAUGCACUCGUUUGACUAUGAGAAACUGAAGGUGUUUCAGAUUCAGGUUCAGGCAAAGGACCAGGGCUCUCCGUCUCUCAGCAGCAACACCACUGUCCAUGUUUUUAUCCUGGACCAGAACGACAAUGCCCCCGCUGUUAUUUACCCCUCCUCCGCUGCCAUGGGCUCCCUCUCUCAUCAGAGGAUGCCCCGCUCGGCUAAAGCGGGUCACCUGGUUACUAAGGUGACGGCCGUGGACGCAGACUCGGGCCACAACGCGUGGAUCUCCUACAAAGUGUCGGAGGCCACAGACGCCUCUCUGUUCACUGUCAAUCUGUACACAGGGGAGGUGAGGACUAAACGCGCUGUGUCCGAGCAGGACGACUCCUCUCAGAGGCUGCUUAUAGAGAUCAAGGACGACGGGGAACCGGUCCAAUCCGCCACCGUCACGGUGUCCAUCCUUCUUGAGGACGGUCUCCAUGAGCCCAUCUUAGACCUCCGACAGAAAGCGGUCGAGCCUAGCAAGAAAACUGGCAGAAUCACCCUUUAUUUGAUCCUCUCUCUGGCCUCGAUUUCCGUGCUGUCUCUGGUGACUUUUCUCAUCUUAGCGGUGAAAUGUAUCAGGAACAGCAGAAACAGCGCGAGUUGCUGCACGAGACAGAGUGACUGUGACGAUUACAAGAACCCCAACAGAAACCUGCAGAUUCAGCUCAACACUGAUGGACCUAUAAAGUACGUGGAGGUCCUGGGAGGAGACAUGUUGUCUCAGAGUCAAUCCUUCAGGUCCUGUAUGUCUCCUAUGUCAGAGUACAGUGAUUUCACUCUGAUUAAACCCAGCAGCACCACUGACUUUAAGGAGGUCAUCAGUGUCCUGGAUGCGUCUUUACCCGACAGCACCUGGACCUUUGAGAGCCAGCAGGUGAGCAGAGAGACAAAAACGAUGUUUACAUACAUGGUUUAGUAUGAGCUAUUGACC